UGGUCCCAGCCUACACAGACAGUCUUCCGGUAGCGUGAUCUGUGUUCGAAGCGUAAGGGGACACACACUUGCUACCAGCACCGAGACGGAGCUGACGCCCCUGCGACGAAAAUGACAACGUGUGAGGAUCCCUCUGGCUACAAGCAGGAGGAUGAGUUUAUGGACAUCCUGGAGGAGAGGAGGAGGAGCAGUGACCUAGGCCAUGCCCUCCGAACCUUUACCCCCACCCCCUACAGGGGGGCCCCUCCUCUCUCCGCGGGCGCCCUCAACAGGACGGUUCUGGAAUCACAGUACCUACGAUACGUCACCAAGGAGGUGGCCAUGGAGACUGGUGAGAGUGUGGAUCUGGUGAGAGAGGAGGCGUCAGGGAUACUGGAUGAGAUGUCUCAGAACCUCCAGCUGGGAUUCAUCAGACUGCUGGGGUUCACCCUCAGUAAAGUAUUCAAGAGGCUCUUCAGCCACAUCAACAUCAACCAGGAAGGACUCAAUAGGCUCCAACAGGCCAUUCAGGAGUCUCCAGUGAUCCUGAUGCCUAAUCACAGGAGUUAUGUGGACUUCCUGGUUCUGUCCUACAUCCUGUUCACCUAUGACCUGCCCAUCCCCGUUAUAGCUGCUGGAAUCCCUCUGAUGGACAUGAAGAUGGUGGGAGAGAUCCUGCGUCGUUCUGGGGCGUUCUUCAUUAGGAGGGCCAUCGGGUCCGACAAGCUGUACUGGGCUGUCCUAUCUGAGUAUGUCAAAACCAUUGUCAGGACAGGGUAUGCUCCUGUAGAGUUCUAUGUGGAGGGUCUGAGGAGCAGGACUCUCAAGUCCCUCACACCCAAGUUAGGUAUGAUGCACAUGGUCCUGGAGCCGUUCUUUAAAGGGGAGGUGUAUGACAUCACGCUGGUCCCCAUCAGUAUCAGCUAUGACAGGGUCCUGGAGGAGUCUCUACUGGCACAUGAACUACUGGGGGUCCCCAAGCCCAGAGAGACCACCAUGGGCCUACUAAAGGCUAGGAGGGUACUGGAGGAGGACUAUGGCAGUAUGCACGUGUACUUCGGCAUGCCUCUGUCAGUCCGACAGCUGACGAAGGGGAGGGUGGACCGCUGUGAAUACAACCUCCUACCCAGAGACCUUCCCCAGAGGCCCAGUGUAGAGACCCAGGAGUGUGUGAGCUGGCUCGCCCAGCAGGUGAUACGUGUCCAGGAACAGAGCUCCAUCCUCAGCCCCUGGUCUCUCAUGGCCUGCCUGGUGCUCCAGGACCAUCAGAACACAGACCCAGCAGGAGAGGAACGAGAGAAGGGUCUCUCCUGGGAGCUGCUCACCCAGAGGACACUGUGGCUCAAGGGACUGGCGAUCAGCUUCGGAGCCCGCCUGGACUGGCCUGAACAGCCACCUGAAAACCAGGUAAUGGCAUCCAGCAUGGCUUUGCACCGCUCUGUGAUUCGCUGUCACCAAGGCUGUGUCACACUGCUGGAGGAGGAGGGGCCUGUGGGGGCUGGGCCUUUCACAACAGAGGAGGGUGUGGUCAGGCGGGCGCGGGCGGUGCUUAUGGUUGCGGCCUAUAGGAACCAGGCGCUGCAUGUGUUCAUACGUCCGGCCAUGCUGGCUCUGGCCAUACACACAACACGCAGCUCACAGAGAGAGGACAUCUAUAGCUACUUCAGGUUCCUCCUGGACCUCUUCUCCAACGACUUCAUCUUCAUCACUGGCAGAUCCUCACAGGACUUUGAGGAGGCAUGUUCGUUACUCAGGAAAUGUGGAGCAGUCCAGACCAGUCAACAGGAAGUGACAUCACCAGAGGAGGGUCAGAGGACUACCUCCUUCCUGCGAGCCCUGCUACAGCCCUUCAUAGACGCCUACCAGGUGGUGUUCAGUCACCUGUGUUUGGAGGAUGUUGAGGUGUUCACAGAGAGACAGAUGGUUCCUGCUGUCCGCAGCCUGGCCACCAAGCUCCUCUUAUCGGGCGAACUGACGUCUUGUGAUGCCCUGUCAUCUGAUACCCAGAAGAAUGUCCUGUCGGCUCUCCUGAGACUGGGCGCUGUGACCAGGCUGAGAACAGCUGAGCAUAGUGAAUUCAGAGCCAACAAGCCAGCCAUCAGUAGAUUAGCAGAUACUCUGGCGGGUAGACUACCGGUUCAGACCGCCCCUAACCCCAGGCUCUAACCCUGGAGGACUGCAGAUCAGACAGACUGGACCAAACAUGUCUCUUCACUUCCUAUCUCCAACCCAACUCUCGGUGCCUGUAUUCAUACAGCGUCUUAGAGUGGAAGCGCUGAGUCCUCUUGUGCUGAACAUCCAGACGCUGACUGACCUGAUCUUCAGCACUAUAAUCAACUGAACUGUAAAGCUGUGUCCACUAUAGCUGUUCUAAUUAUAGAGCUGGCCUUACUUAGAGUGAGUGAUAUCGAUCCAUUACGUGUGAGCUGCUGUCAGGAUCUAGUAGAAUCAGUGAAGUUAAUUUUUUUUUUAGCAUCCAGACACUUCCGCUGGAGGCCACUAGAUGGCAGUGUAACCACUGAGUCAAUACACACGGUCUGAGUGGGUUAGU